AUGCUUCUUCAUAUUUUGUUUAAAGCUUGUCUGAAGGGUUUUCAUGGCACGGACUGUAUGUUUACUUGCUCUCCACCAACAUUUGGUGAAAAGUGCCUGUCCACAUGUCAUUGUCCAAAUGAAAGUUGCCACCAUGUUUUUGGCUGCAAGAAUUCUUCAGCUGUGUGUGAAUCGGGGAAGUUUGGUAAUUACUGUCAGUAUAUUUGUCGAUACCCUAGCUAUGGAGAUAGAUGCCAACAGCGCUGCAAAUGUGACGAAGACCACUGUAAUCCCUCUACAGGAUGUCAAGAAUUGGAUUCUACUCACCGUAUCUCCUCUGAAGCAUAUUUAAGUAUGUUGGCUACAACAGAAACCUCCACUGUAUUUGGUUCUACAGAUUCUACUUUGAAGAAAACCAGUGAUGGUAUUUUUCUAGCAAUGACUGCAUUUUUAGCAAAUUUUUCCAUUUUUGCUUUUCAUGAAAAAUUGUUAACACAAUUAGUAAUUUCAUAA